UUCAAAUGUUAUUAUCGUUUAAAGCAUGAUACUGAAAGGUAGGAACGGUUAGGAGAGUAUGGUACAUAUUUACGGUGUCGUUUUUGUUGGAAUUUUUAUUCCUGGUGUGACUGGAAUUUACGGUUUUAACAAAUCAAGAGAUCACUGUGAUGAUAUCGCAAUAAUUGGAGCGGGGGUUACCGGAAGUUAUGCUGCGUGGCGACUACGUCAGAGAAAUCUAAAAAUAUCAAUGUACAAGUACUCGAAUCGCAUUGGCGGACGUUGUUUCACAGUACAACUUCCGGGCAUACCGGAUGUGAAUGUUGAAAUGGGAGCAAUGAGGUUUUUACCAGACGCGCAUCCAUUAAUGAACAAGACCAUUCACGACAUAGGACUAGAAGUGGUGGAUUUUGAACUAGGGGUAGGACCGAGUAACGAUUCGUUGUACUAUCUUAGAGGAAAGCACAUGAAAUACAACGAGCUCCCGACACAAGCACCUUAUAAUCUUUCGCCAGAAAACCGCAUUGAUCCUAAAGAACUUGACAGAAUUGUGUUCGAGAAUUUCACUGAUUCAUCACAAAGUGGAGACGUCGUUAAAUCGCUUGAUGGAGUUGAUUUAUAUAGGCAAAGUCGAGAUAUAUUUAUGGCAAAAUAUCUGGACUUGGAAACUACACAUUAUAUCAGGGACAGUGCCAGUUUCCUAAGCGAACAUGGUCCAGAUGUUGCUGCAGGUAGUGGUCCGAUUAAUCCGCCCAUGCAGUCAGGCCGUAAAACUGUGAAAACCGUUAAAAAGGGACUCCAGGCUCUUCCUGAAGGGUUGAUUGGACACUUCCUUCAAGCUAGUGAUAAGCACAGUUUCUAAUAUAAUCGUCAUCUCAAAGCCAUAAGGAGGUCCAUUAACGGAAGUUAUAUACUGACGUUUCAGCCAACGAUGACAACAGCUGGAGUAACUACUGAUAUCAAGG